UUUAGAGCCGCGCACAGGGCGGGAAUCUAAGAUGGCGGAGUAGCAACGCGGAGCGGUCGGUAUUAAGGCUCUCAGCAGACCCCGGUUCCAGUCUCCGUUGCGGCAGGGACCGCUGAACGAAGAACGCAUUAGGUAGUCGCCCAAGAUGCCGAAUAUCAAAAUCUUCAGCGGCAGCUCCCACCAGGAUUUAUCCCAAAAAAUUGCUGAUCGCCUGGGCCUGGAGCUCGGCAAGGUGGUGACUAAGAAAUUCAGCAAUCAGGAGACCUGUGUGGAAAUUGGUGAAAGUGUACGCGGAGAAGAUGUCUACAUUGUUCAAAGUGGUUGUGGUGAGAUAAAUGACAAUCUGAUGGAGCUUCUGAUCAUGAUUAAUGCCUGCAAGAUCGCUUCAGCCAGCCGGGUUACUGCAGUCAUCCCAUGCUUCCCUUAUGCCCGGCAGGAUAAGAAGGAUAAGAGCCGAGCUCCCAUCUCUGCCAAGCUUGUUGCAAAUAUGCUAUCUGUAGCAGGUGCAGAUCAUAUUAUCACCAUGGAUCUACAUGCUUCUCAAAUUCAGGGCUUUUUUGACAUUCCAGUGGACAAUUUAUAUGCAGAGCCAGCUGUCUUAAAGUGGAUUAGGGAGAAUAUCUCUGAGUGGAGGAACUGUACUAUUGUCUCACCUGAUGCUGGUGGAGCCAAGAGAGUGACCUCCAUUGCAGACCGAUUGAAUGUGGAUUUUGCCUUGAUUCACAAGGAGCGGAAGAAGGCCAAUGAAGUGGACCGCAUGGUGCUAGUAGGAGAUGUGAAGGACCGUGUAGCUAUACUUGUGGAUGACAUGGCUGACACUUGUGGUACAAUCUGUCAUGCUGCUGACAAACUUCUCUCGGCUGGAGCUACCCAGGUUUAUGCUAUCUUGACUCAUGGAAUCUUUUCUGGCCCAGCCAUUUCUCGCAUCAACAAUGCGUGCUUUGAAGCAGUAGUGGUUACCAACACCAUACCUCAGGAAGACAAGAUGAAGCAUUGCUCCAAAAUACAGGUGAUUGACAUCUCUAUGAUCCUUGCAGAAGCCAUCAGGAGAACUCACAAUGGAGAGUCUGUUUCCUACCUGUUCAGCCAUGUUCCUUUAUAACAGAAUUGACUUCUGAAGGUUUUUGAAAAUAAAAUCAACCCUAUCCCCUUGUUUUUUCUUGGUUUUGAUGACAAGUUCAGCAGAAGACCCAGCCUACUCCAGUGUAGCUUUUUACAUCCCGCAUUAGGUACAUUAGAAUUUCUCCUAAAUUGAAAAAGACAGUUUGAUAUUAGCUGCUAGGAUGUCUUACUCACAUUCUUUCAUCCUGGCUUUUGUGGCUGUUUUGUGAGCCUUGCAGCUUUAUAUAGAGCUCGGCUGCUGCAAGGUAUAUAGAUUAUUGAAGGUAUUCCAUAAGACCCUUAUGAUGUGAUUGGCAAACUCAGAAUCCAUUGCAUGUGAAUGUUUGGGGUUUUGUCUUUGUUCAGAACAAACUAGCAACAAAGCUAGCCCAUGUGUAAGUUUUCAGAGGUCUAUGCUACACUAUGAGCCCUGGGCAACCUUAAAUAUAGUUUUAGUAGUUGAGCACCCUGUGAGGCAGGGGCAAGUAACUCAAUGCAGUAAUUGUUUCUUGGGAGGAAGAAGCCUGAUCCAUUAUCAUCUGUUUAACUGUAUAGCUUGAAUUUUUUGUAUCUAUUCCUUUUUAUUUGGCUUUACCAUCAGCCAUUUUGACCUUUUCCUGGCCAAAUAUCUUCCUGGGCUCAGUGAUCAUUGUACCAUCGUCUUCUGUAAGGCAUACUUACUUCCACUGUGUAACUGCUAACAUUCACUUUAGAUAAUCUGCUAUAGUGUAAUCUUCCCUAGCCUACUGCCAUUGUGGUACUAGGUUUUCGGUGGUGUCAUAGUGCCUUUAUUUUAAGUAUUUAAUUUUCAUCUUCCUUGGAUCCAUUUGGCCUCUCAGUUGAACUCAGAUUUCUGCUAAACAGUUUGAUGUCAUAGUCUCCUGUAGAAGAAACUUAAUAAAGUGUUAUGUGUGCAAUUUG